AUGCUUCGUAUGCUCUUGCCAUUAAUUAUACGCAAGCAUGAUGUAGUUUUAAUUUUGGUUGCUAAUAAUUAUUUAGCAUUAUUAGCUUUUGCACUUACAGCCAUACCAAUCAAUAUUGAUACAGUUCGAGGUGAUUAUAAUUGGUAUAUUGCUGAAGAAACAUUGAGUUGUCGUAUUAAAGCAUAUAUACUUUAUUCAUUUAUAACAAUCAUUUUUAAUACAUUUACGUUACAGGCUGCAUUUCGUUUGUUUCGUGUCGUCUAUCCUGCUUAUAUAUGGCUACAAUAUGGUCUUACUUACGUUAUGAUUAUCGCAAUUUUAUGGAUAAUUUCGUUUCUUUCUCUUUUACCAGUUCAUUUUUGGCACGAUAUACAACUUAUGCCUACGGAAAGUAUCUGUGUGUUAACUAUUGAUGGUGCUCGUGGAUUUAUUUGGUGUACUUUAGUUAUUUAUGGUCUACCAGUAAUUACGACGUGUAUUAUUUAUUUACAGUUGACGAGAUUUAUGCGUCAAUCAUCUAUGAAUGUUUCAGUACGAGCUAAACGUGAUGCGAUCGUAGUACAUCGUAUUGUAUUAGUUGUCGGUAUACUAAUGUUAAUCGGUGCUCCUUCUGUCGUGUUGAAGUUGAUAUUACCUUUUACUGGUUUAGGAAAAUCAUUUUUUUAUCGUAUGUCGAAUAUGACUAUAGUCAUUGCUAUGAUUGCUCGUAUAUGUCAAUCCUCAAGUCAAAGAAAUGUUCAUGUGGAUUGA